UGAAAAAACAAUGCGAGCUACUAAUCUCAAAACAGUAUAACAACACAAGAAGAAGUCCAGCUCCGCAUUAUCAGAGUCCUGAAUAUAAUGAUAAAACCUGUAAAAUGACUGAAACUUUGAAAUUCAUCAACUAAAACUCUCGUCCGUUUUCACUCAUCAGCUUUCGGAAGCUUGUUCUGCUCUCCGGCGUUCCGAGUGUGCGCUUUGAGGCGGUCGUCACGAAACGCAUCGGCACUCCUUACGACGUUCUCGUUCUUGACGAACGACAGGUGCCUCAUCUAGUCUCCCUCGCUCAUUUCGUCGUUUGUCGCUGUUUGGGUUACCAGAAAUUGACUUGUUUUCUGGUACCGAAAGAACACGUUGCGCCACAUUCUUACCCGCCAACGCUAUACCCACCAACAGCGCAUCUUGCUCCCAGCACCAUGGUGGUUAAAUCAUCGUCAUUUGAUACAAGAAGAGCAAGUAGUAGCACGUUUGCAGGAUUAGGAGGAACAUCGAGGAUAGGUGGAGGUGACAAAACCGAGAACAUUACUUACGCGAACAGCUCAGAGGACGACGGCGCGACGCUGACAAAAUCGCAGCACCAAAUCUGCGAGAAUAUGCUAGUGGUAUUACCGCAACUAGUCGAGGCAUUUGGCCCAGGCUUUAAGUUUGAUGUGUACUGGAACAACCUGUGCCGCGUUCUGCUCCGCGAUUCGGCCAGUAAUGCGUUCAAUCUGUACUUCGCCUACGAGCAGCUUACCGGUUAGAAAAAAAUACACUGGAUCCGCUUUUGAUAUCAAACAUGUUCAGACAUGCGUAGAGCCGAACUUUUUCUUCACCUUGCUAGAAGUAGAAGUAGUGUGAAAGUACAACUAUAGCACCAAUAAUGCAAAUGCAGCCACUUGUAAUGAUUAGUUACAUAGGAUUAGAACCAGACCACGGAGAAAGAAAACAUGCCUUCAUCAUGGCUUUUUAGUUCCCUGUACUUUAGGAGCAGGACGAUUCUAAACAUGGAACUUGACGCGCGUACAACUUCAACACUAGUCUCAUGCACAUCAGCAAUUUUGACUUCUAUACAUAUUUAAUAUCGUAAUGCUCGAUAACUCAUGGUGGCCCGGUGAAGACUGCUUUUGAAAAGUAAGCUUCACCCGUCUGUAGGGGCCCUCGUAAAGAAGUGCUAUUUCGAUAAGGUUAGCGAUAACUUGCGAGUAUAAAACUUAACGAUCAUCGGGGUCUCUACUCAUUCGAUUUUCUUGUGCACUCAUGUAAAGAAAAAAGGAUAUCUAGCGAUAGCUGACAUCAACAAGAGGAGGAGUUCGUACUCGGAAUCAUGCCGCUCCGGGUGGCCUCGAUGCGUGAUCUAGUACUUACUAAUGUUUUUUUCGUAGAAGAUUUGCAAUUUGUGAGAUUAUAGCUUUGCUCGAUGUGAUGUCGACCCCGAUAGUGCGCUCUCACGACGCUACCUUGUGCCUAAGAAAUAUCUGAGAUAUUGAUCUUGUUGAUGCAAGUCUGUGUGUUUGGAAAAAUUCAAAGGACUUGUGCGACCAUCUCGAUCACUGAUUAUUUAGCAACAUUUUUGAUGUUGUUAUUUCUAUUUUACUUCACGGUGCAGAUGCAGAACGAGAAGAAGAUGAACGCCUGUAAGAAUCAAGACUUGCAUGGACGCUGCAUGUUAUUCCUUCCAUGCCCCGAACGAUCGGGAAACGAGACCAUCUUCUAUUUUCCAGACAAGAUGCCACCUAUCAUAGUCGGCAUUUGAUUUCAUGCUGACAUGAUUGCAGCUUGUUUUUGCUCAGAUUUUGGUAAGAACUCGAAGAUUCACCGCACUAAGAUCUUCUUAGACUACACAUCAGUUCAUUAUCUGAUUUUUUUGUUACGAUGAAAUUUUUUGAAUAGCGAACUAACACUACACAAUUUACACAUCUUCGUUCAUGCUCAUGGCACUGACAGGAGCAGCAGCAGCUGCACAAAAUGGCUGCUCCAGUGUAAAACAGGCGGCUACGCUGGUGUUCAUAAUUAAUUAAUUUCUCCAAGAAACCAGUGGAUAUUACUUACAGGUCGGUUGAAGAUCUUGCACUUGCUGAGGCACAACAAGAAGAAUUCCCCUAGUCUGAGAAUUCUCCUGACAAGAUGUGUUAUCUCCCGCUUAUCAGUCUAGAGGCUAACAAAGCGGUUUGAUCAAUAUUUCAUUUUCCAUGCAAUUGCUAAGUAAUUGCGAAAUCUUUGAAAUUUGUUUGACGAAAUCUAUGAAAUUUUUAUAAAUAUGAUAAAAUUUGUAUUUGGCUCCACCUUGGGAGAUCGUCCCGCAUAAUCAGCGGUUCUCGUACGUGUCACCGAGCUACAAAUAAUGGUUCCGGCCAGGCAGAAUCGACGACCUGUUCUUGUCUGGACUAUCGUGGC